AUAGCCCUGCGUCGCCUUGCCCUCCCGAGCCCGCAUCCCGGCCCUGUAUCGCGAUCGAUCCUCGUGUGCGCUCCCGUUUGUAUACGCAAAGUCCGCCAAUCUCAUCGCUCCGCUCUCACCGGUGUUUGUGUUCGAACCAGCUGACUGCCGCGGCCGUGCACCGCGGGCGCGUACACGGUCCAGAUAUCUGAACCUCCGGGUCGCGGGUGGGGAACGUUGGUUUCGCAGCAUGGCCGGCUACGGCUACGGCUAUAGCCAGGCUAUAGCCCGGCCACGACUGAUGCAUAGCCGGCCACGGCUCCGACCACGACAGCGACCAUGCGCGGGAGAGAAAAAAGUAUUUCAAGCGCGCGUGGUCGUAGUCGGCCACGGCUAUGGCCGUACUGCCACCUCGGCUCUCGUCUUCCCUGCCUUGUCAUAUAUACCCCCGCCUGUCAUCUCCAGCUCCCCACCGCUCCUACUGGAUACACACCGACACGUCUGCGACGCUGGUCAGGCUGGGGGGGACGUGCAGACUCGGACGCUCGGACUCGGAGGUCCCUUGUUUUCGGAGACAGGUAUUACCUGGCUUUAGCUCGGCAUUACGUUGAUCUCCGGCUUGCUGGCCACCUGUUCUGUCCGUGAUCGGCAGCCUAGCGACGUUGCAGAUGACGCGCUCAACAUCUACUUGUGCAACCGAUGCAUGUUCAAAGAAGUCUGGCGUGAACUGCUCAUUCCGGUACUGUAGGGCCUGCUGCGCAGCCCGCCCACUCGACGCGCCUGCCUGCGGAGAGCGCUAUCACAAGCGGAUUCCGACAUCUACACAGCGCGCAUCAUCUGGCAGCAUAUCCCAACCACCCCGCUUUCAUUCCCCUGCACUAUCAACAUCAGCUAGCCUCUCAACAUCAUCUACUUCGUCCCCUACAGACUCGACUCCUGAGGUCUCGUCACCAUUGCCUUCCACUUCAUCUCUGGUAGCGCCUCCGCAACCCUCUGCCAAGUUGCAUGCCAAGCCGCUGCAUAGCAUUUGGGCGCCGGCUGCAGCUGAGGUCGGGAUUGCGGACCGCCUCAAGCACAAGUCUCGUAGAGAGGAGUUGGCUGUGGCACAAACCAGGCUGGUGGAUGGUAGCUCGGAGCUUGGAGGGGAUAGGGUAACGACAAAGACGGUUACCUUUUUGAUCUGGAACCAGCCAGAAUGUUAUCCCGAAGAGGUGCUGGUCCAUCUCGAGGAUCAUCCACUCUACACCCCACACAACCUUCUCGACAUCAUUUCUGAGCUUUCUUCAAAUGGGCAGGUCUGUCCGGCGCAAAUUUUCAACCGCGAUACUCGAUCAUGGCCCACUAUGGGUGCUGGGGUAACACUUCGCUUGGGUCAGGGUGAGGAUGUUGUCUGCAUCCGGACAAAGGGACUUUCGGAGUCGCAGUGCCUUGGUCUUCCAGCAUGGGCCUCUAGUCGCACUUUUGGGAAGCGACCACUUGGUUUUUUCGAUGCUGCUGAUAUAGCUAGUACCUCCCCUUCGAAGCGCAUCCGAUCGGCUUCGAUUGUUCAUGUGUCUCCGUCACUUUCCUCUCCGAAGUUGCCACACACCUCCGAUGGUGAUAUAUCCUUUUUCGGCCCAUACGCACCUGUAACUAAUGUUUCCACUACAUUACCAUCUCACGAUUCUACUUCAGAUAAUCAACUUAACCUUAGUUCAGACCCGACUUGGGCUGACUUCC